AUGCUUCCCAAACAACAGCUCCCAGUCUUUGAAGGCCUACAGCCCUUGACGCGCGGUCUCAUGGGUUGUAUGUCCGUCGAUCUUGCUAUUCUCGCACGGUCUAUUAUUGCACCUCACAGCCUACGGCCGAUGACCGAGACUCGUGUAAACGAGAACCAACACAAUUCUUCGCCGGGGUCCUUCCACCAGCGGUCCGUCCGCGCGCGCAAGACUCCUUACCGUUGA